UACGACAAGCGCUGCCAGACCAAUCGGGCAAUUCCAUCUCUAGUUUCUUUACAAUCGUAAAUUGGGGAAAAAAACCUCUUUGGAAUUUGGUUUAUUUAAUUAAAAGCAGCCGGGAGACCUAUGCGAAGGCUAAAACGCGGCCAGAGUUGUUGUUGCUGCUGCUGCCCAGCCGCCGUGUGAUCGAUCGGGUCUGGCGGCCCCAACUAAAUAAUGUGGAACAUGAUGUGCGACGUAAUGCCCACGAUAUCCGAGGACAGCAUCUCGCAGCGCUCCUCGCAGUUCAGCGGGGAGGACGCCAACUUCGAGCAGUUGAUGGUCUCCAUGCUGGACGAGCGGGACAAGUUGAUGGACAGCCUAAGGGAGGCGCAGGAGCGGCUCGGCGAGACGGAGAACAAGCUGCACGACGUGGAGAAGGAGCGGGAUAGCCUGCAGCGCCAGAUCAAUGCCAAUCUGCCGCAGGAGUUCGCCACCCUCACCAAGGAGCUGACGCAGGCGCGGGAGACCCUGUUGGAGCGGGACGAGGAGAUCGGGGAGCUCAAGGCAGAGCGCAACAAUACCAGGCUUCUCUUGGAGCACCUGGAGUGCUUGGUUUCCCGCCAUGAGCGUUCCCUGCGAAUGACCGUUGUAAAGCGACAGGCCGCCGCCCAAAGUGGUGUCUCCAGCGAGGUGGAGGUGCUCAAGGCGCUCAAGUCGCUGUUCGAGCACCACAAGGCGCUGGACGAGAAGGUGCGCGAGCGGCUGCGGCUCUCCAUUGAGAAGAAUAACAUGAUGGAGGAGGAACUCAGCUCCGCCAAGGAGGAGCUGGCCCAGUACAAGGCUGGUGUGGUGCCUGCAGGCGUGGGCAGUGGCGGCGGAGCGGGGAGUGCCUCUGGCACCGCCGGAGGUGGAGGCGCGGAGAACGGCCUCAAAGAGAAGAUGGCGGGCGUGGCCGGAUCUGGCGGAGUCAAUGGCGAGACGAAUGAGCUAAACGACUACGCGGCCAAGACCCAUGAACUGCAAACGAUCAUCGAGAAGCAGACCUCGGAACUCUCGCAAUGGCAGCGGCGGGUGUCAGAUCUGAACAACAAGAUCAGCGAGUUGGAGGAAAACAUGUCGCGAGUGCAAAAAGAUCACUGUAAAGCCCAGGACCAGUGCGCCAAGCUGCAGCGAGAUUUGCGCGAAAAUGUGGCCCAAAAAGAGGAUCAGGAGGAGCGCAUUACCACACUGGAGAAGCGCUACCUGAAUGCUCAAAGGGAGUCCACAUCGUUGCAUGAUCUCAACGAAAAACUAGAGCAGGAGCUUCGGCACAAGGAGGCGCAGCUCAAGCUGCACGAGGAGAAGAUCGGGGCCAUCGAGGAGAAGCUGGAGCUCUCAGAGCAGAAGCUCGCCCAGCACGCCAAGCUGCAGCCUGACAUGGAGGAGCAGCUAAAGGCACGCAUGGAGGCAUUGACUAAGGUAGGAAACAAGGCUCAAGAAAGACACGGUUCAGCGGAGGACCGCAUCCGGGGACUCGAAACAAACCUGGACGAGAAGACUGGCGAGGUGGUAAGACUGAACCAGCGUCUCAAGAUGAACGAGGAGCACAACCUGCGGCUCUCCUCCACGGUGGACAAACUGCUCUCGGAGUCCAACGAGCGGCUGCAGGUGCACCUGAAGGAGCGCAUGCAUGCGCUGGACGAGAAGAAUGCCCUCACCCAGGAGCUGGAAAAGGCGCGCAAAGUGGCCGAGGAACUGCACCACGAGAAGAGCGAAAUCAUGAAAGAACUGUCGAAGACGCGGCUGGAGAUAGAGAACUUUAAGCGCCAGCUGCUGCAGCAGGAGAUCGCCUACAACAUCCAGCAGACGGAGGCGCUCACCCGGAGCCUCUCGCCAAGCAGCGUAGUGGACCCAAGUGGAGCCUUCAGCCGGAGCAACUCGCACGCCAGCUUUGAGACGCACUCGCUGCGGCGCCAGAGCAAACAGCGCCUGUCCGAGGAGAACGCCCUGGUUCGCUCGAUGGCCGAGCAGGAGUGGGAGAAGCUCCAGCAGGCGGCGCACGCCCAGCAACAGGCCUACGAGCUGGUGGCUAGUGCUGCGGAUUGCGAUGAGGCGGAUGUCCUAUACGCGGCGGCCACGGCGGACAUGAUGUCUCCGUCGGGUCACACGGAUGCCCAGACACUGGCCAUGAUGCUGCAGGAGCAGUUGGACGCCAUCAACAACGAGAUUCGCUUGAUCCAGGAGGAGAAGCAGUCGACGGAGGCGCGGGCCGAAGAGCUGGAGUCGCGUGUGGGCAGUCUGGAGCACGUCAACCUGCUGUCCCGCGGUCGCUCCAUGGACAGGCAAAGUCCGCCCAUGAGUGGACGGAGCACGCCAAACAGCCCGCAGAGGGAUUUCAUGCAAAAGUAUCAUACGCUCAACUUGCCCGUACUGUCCAGUGAUGCGUCCCGCGAGGAGCUCCAUGGCGGCAUGUCUACCACAGGUGAUUCAAGCUCCGGUGGAGCUGCUUCUCCACUGACCGCCCGCUCCAUGCGCCUGGAGCGUGUGGCCCAAGCCCUGGCCCACAGCCAAGAGGAGCUGAGGCGCCGUUCGAUUGGCCUCAAUCCCAGUGCCCCGGUGGCGCCCAAUCACAGUGGGGGUCACAUGCCGCUGAGCAGCCACAGUUACGGGCUGUCACCGCUUAGCUCCCGUUACGGCAGCCAGGAGUCGUUGCGCCACUACAACACCAUGGGCUCCAUGUCCAUGCUGCAGACGCCGACCUCCGGCGUGUCCAGGGAUGCGGCAGCUGCUGCUGUGCAGAAGAAAAAGGGCAUCAAGUCCUCGCUGGGAAGGUUCUUCAGCAAAAAGGAGAAGGUCAAAGGCGUGAAGGAUACAUUGCCUGACGGCUCGCCCAGCAUGAUGUCCAUCGGCAACCUGUCGAUCGGACUGAGCGAGGUGGACUCCAACUACGAUGCUAUGAGCAUGACUGGGGGCAUGAUGCCCCGAAUAGCCAGCUCCCAAGGAUCAAAAAUAAGCAGUGUUGACUACGGCAGGCAGAAGAAGGAGCACGACUAUCGCAAUGAUUUGCUGGGCGAGGCUAUGAAGGCGGGCACUCCAUUUGCCCUCUGGAACGGCCCCACCAUCGUGGCCUGGUUGGAGCUGUGGGUGGGCAUGCCCGCCUGGUAUGUGGCCGCCUGUCGGGCCAACGUCAAGUCCGGGGCCAUCAUGAGUGCGCUAAGCGACACGGAAAUUCAGCGGGAAAUCGGCAUCAGCAAUCCCUUGCACCGGCUCAAGCUGCGCCUGGCCAUUCAGGAAAUGGUUUCACUGACCUCUCCCUCGGCGCCACAAACCUCACGGACAACCUUGGCAUUUGGCGAUAUGAACCAUGAGUGGAUUGGAAACUAUUGGUUGCCUGGUCUGGGCCUGCCACAAUAUCGCACAACCUUCAUGGAGUGUCUGGUCGAUGCCCGCAUGCUGGACCAUCUCACCAAGAAGGACUUGCGCGGUCAGCUCAAAAUGGUAGACAGCUUCCAUCGCACCAGCCUGCAGUACGGCAUAUCGAUGCUCAAGCGCCUUAACUAUGAUCGCACGGAGCUGGAGCACAGGCGCAAGAUGAGUGAAAACGGUCUGUGCGAUGUGCUCGUCUGGAGCAACGAGAGGGUCAUACGGUGGGUGGGCAGCAUCGGAUUGAAGGAAUAUGCCAAUAACUUGCUCGAAUCGGGAGUGCAUGGAGGACUAAUGGCCCUAGACGAGGGAUUCGAUGCCAAUGCUAUGGGGUUGGCCCUCCAAAUACCCACACAAAAUGCUCAGGCUCGCCAAAUACUCGAUACCGAGUUCAAUAAUCUUCUGCAGAUCGCCACAGAUCGCAGGCCGGAGAACGAGCAGCGCAGCGCUUCUUGAUGCAGUUACAGUCCUCCAACGUCUUCGGUGGAUGAGUGAAUACUACCUUAAGGAACAUAAAGCAAAAGCAACCUACAACAAUAAGAACGUAAAGACCAGAGGCAACGUUUCCUAAACCGCAACAGUAACGACAAGCAGAACUAAAAGAGAAGGAUAGAAAUGCGAGCAGCAACUAAGCCACAAAAACUCUAACAAGAAAGACGCAACGCAAGAGACUCCCCAGCAUGAUGCACGUCUAAUCCACAUAUUUAAUAUAUAUAAAUACACGCAUAGUCACAUAAUCCAUAACAAGACAAUGUAUACAAGACAUAGCACAUACUCUACAUAGGACAUACGUAGUUGCAUUGGCGCAAAGUCGCUGCUGCUGCCAGGCGUGUACAAGUUAUAGAAGCUAAUCAGUUUUCGAUUGUAAAAUUAUUAUUGUAUUUUUUUAUAUAGUGUAAUUGGGCUUGCAAUAGACUAACAGUAUUUUGUUUUGGAUAAGGCAGAGAUGGACAGAGAUGAUAGCGUGCUUCGAACCAAAUUCGUGACCAAACUUGUUUGUUAUAUAAUUUUAUGGCAUUUUGUACAGUUUUUAAUUUAAUCCAAUCGUAAUUUCUUUAAAUUAAAACCACUAACAUACGCUUUACAUAUGACAUUAUAGUGUUUCUGUUUAGUUUUUCGUAGAAGUCAGAGACAGCGUUCCAAUUGAGUUUAUAAACUGAACAACAUGCACAACAAUCAGGCAUACAUAUAUAGAGUAACAACUGCAUAUAUAUACGAUUUAUAUAUCAUAAUAAAUCUAAUUAUUAAAACAUUAUGAAA